GAGAAUAGAGGCAGGAGUAAAAUCAGAUAACCCAGAGGACGAGGAGGCAGAUCCAGAUCAAAGUCCAAAAGUGGAGUGAAAUGUUAUCAUUGUGGCCAGCUAGGCCACAUGAAAAGGAAUUGCUAUUUGUUGAAAGGAAAAGACAAGAAAAAGGUUAAAGAUAGCAAUACAACUGCUGUAGCAUCUACCAGUGGCGGUGACGUAACUCUACUAUGUGAUCGUGGGGAGUGCUGCCAUGUAGAAAACUUGGAUGCUAAGUGGAUAAUUGAUUAUGGUGCCUCUUAUCAUUGUGUUCCCAAAAGGGAAUAUUUUUCAACAUACAAAGCAAGAGACUUUGGCACCAUAACAAUGGGAAACCAAAGUGUUUCUCAUAUUAUGGGAGUUGGUGAUAUCUGUGUCCAGACAAAUGUUGGGUGCACAUUGACACUAAAAAAUGUGCGACAUGUUCCUGAUAUGCGUAUGAACCUGUUGUCUGCAAAAGCACUGGAUGAAGAAGGAUACGCACACUACUUCAGGAAUGGCAACUGGAAACUCACCAAAGGAUCAAUGGUGGUGGCAAAAGGGAGAGCAUGUUGCUCAUUAUACAAGACACACAUGAAAAUGUGUGGAGGUCAACUGAACACAUCCCUUAUUCCCAUGGCCAAAGGUGAAUAUGUGAAUCCUUGUGAUGUUUGCCUAUUUGGAAAGCAACACCGAGUUUCUUUUCAGAAGAAUUUGACUCGGAAAGAGAACAAGCUAGACUUGGUCUACUCUGACGUUUGUGGUCCCCUGGAGGUAGAGUCGUUUGAUGGCAAUAAAUAUUUUGUUACCUUUAUUGAUGAUGCAACUCGGAAGACUUGGGUAUACUUGUUGCAAAAUAAAAGCCAAGUUUUCAAGUAUUUCCAGCAUUACCAUGCUAUGGUGGAAAGGGAGACAGGGUUGAAGUUGAAAUGUCUUCGUACAGAUAAUGGAGGGGAGUACACCUCCAAAGAAUUCAGAGACUACUGUUCCAAGCAUGGCAUAAGGCAUGAGAAGAUAGUUCCUGGCACACCACAACACAACGGUGUUGUAGAACGGAUGAACCGUACCAUUGUGGAGAAAGUUCGAUGCAUGCUAAGAAUGGCAACUUUACCUAAGCUAUUCUGGGGUGAGACAGUCAACACAGCAAUGUAUCUGAUCAACUGGUCGCCUUCAGUUCCUUUGAACUUUGAAAUCCCGGAGAAAGCUUGGACGGGAAAGGACGUUGGAUACUCUCACUUGAAAGUGUUCGGAUGCAAAGCAUUUAUGCACGUGCCAAAGGAACAAAGAUCAAAGCUAGAUGAUAAAACUAUUCCAUGCAUUUUUGUUGGAUAUGGUGAUGAGGAGUUUGGCUACAGACUAUGGGACCUAGAAAAGAAGAAAACUGUCAGAAGUAGAGAUGUCGUGUUUCAUGAACACGAGAAAAUUAAUGAUUUGAAGGAGGACAAAGCUACAGGAAGCUCUGGAGAGGGUGUAGAAGAUUUAACACCGGCAAAAACUCCUUCAAGAAAAAUUACAAAUGAAGAAGAGGUGCAAGCACCAGAAGAUGAGACAGAGGAGCCAACAAUUGAAAAAGAUGAAGCAAGUGUAGAUGGGGGAAAUGAUGAGCAGGGGGAGCAACCCCUGCCACAGGAGGAAGAACCUCAGUUGAGAAGGUCCACCAGAGAGCACAAACCAUCUGCAAGAUACUCCAGUUCUGAUUAUAUCUUGAUCACUGAAGAGGGGGAGCCGGAGACCUUCCAAGAGGUGCAGUCUCACAAAGAUAAAAACUGCUGGAUAAAGGCUAUGCAGGAAGAAAUGAACUCCCUACAUAAAAACAAUACUUAUGAGCUUGUGGAACUUCCCAAAGGAAGAAAAACCCUGAAGAACAAAUGGGUGUUCAAGCUCAAGAAAGAUGGUGACAAGAUAGUUAGAUAUAAGGCUCGGCUGGUGGUAAAAGGCUUCAGUCAGAAAAAGGGGAUUGAUUUUGAUGAAAUAUUUUCCCCAGUGAUGAAGAUGAGCUCAAUUCGAGUUGUGCUCGGUCUAGCAGCAAGCAUGAAUCUUGAGCUUGAGCAGUUAGAUGUAAAAACUGCAUUUCUUCAUGGUGACUUGCAUGAGGAAAUUUGUAUGGAUCAGCCAGAAGGUUUUGAAGAACAAGGGAAGGAGCAUAUGGUUUGCAAAUUGAAGAAGAGCUUGUAUGGACUAAAGCAAGCUCCAAGACAAUGGUAUAAGAAGUUUGACUCUUUUAUGAUGAAUCAUGGUUACCAAAGAACAAAUGCAGAUCCAUGUGUCUACAUCAGAUUAUUCCCUGAUGGCAACUUCAUUAUCCUUUUGUUAUAUGUUGAUGAUAUGCUAAUUUUGGGACAAGAUGUUGAGAAAAUUUGCAGGUUAAAAGAGGAGUUAUCAAAGUCCUUUGACAUGAAAGACUUGGGACCAGCAAAGCAAAUUCUGGGUAUGGCUAUUACCCUUGAUAGAAAGGCUGGGAAGUUGUCGUUAUCACAGGAGAAGUAUGUUGAACGGAUGCUUGAAAGGUUCAACAUGAAACAUGCUAAGCCAGUUAGCACUCCUCUUGCAAAUCACUUCAAGCUGAGUAAACAAUCUUGUCCAACUACCAAAGAAGAAAAGGAGAAAAUGUCAUCCAUUCCUUAUUCUUCUACAAUCGGUUCACUGAUGUAUGCAAUGGUAUGUACACAGCCAGAUAUUGCCCAUACUGUUGGUGUUGUGAGUAGAUUCUUGUCUGAUCCAGGCAAGAUUCACUGGGAAGCUGUUAAGUGGAUCUUCAGAUAUCUGAGAGGAACUACCAAGUUGUGUUUGACAUUUGGGCAAACUGAACCAAUUCUAAAGGGAUACACAGAUGCAGACAUGGCAGGUGACCUUGAUAAUAGAAAAUCUAUUUCAAGUUAUUUAUUCACUUUUGCAGGGGGAGCUGUAUCAUGGCAAUCAAAAUUGCAAAAGUGUGUUGCCUUGUCAACAACCGAAGCUGAAUACAUUGCAACUACAAAAGCUGGUAAAGAGAUACUUUGGAUGAAGAGAUUCCUACAAGAAUUGGGAUUGAAGCAGAAAGAGUCUGUAGUAUUUUGUGACAGCCACAGUGCUAUAGAUUUGAGCAAGAAUACUAUGUACCAUGCCCGAACAAAACAUAUAGAUCUGAGAUAUCACUGGUUGCGCUUGGUGACAGAGAACAAGCAGUUUCAACUCAAAAAGAUUCACACAAACAACAAUGCUGCUGAUAUGAUGACAAAAGUUCUUCCCAAGGAAAAGUUUGAAUAUUGCACGACGUUGGCCGGGAUGGACUCCAAGUAAGGAGUCAAGGUUUAAGUCUCCUCCCAUGGGGCUGGAGGGGGAGAUUGUUGGCGGAAAUUUCCAGCCCAUGUGAACACAUGGACUUCCAUGUGGUAAAA